UGACCGCCGGAGGCUCUUUCACGUUCACAUUCACCGACUGAAACUCCGUCCUCUGGAAUUAUUUCUACUAUUUUAAUCCAAGGGAAACAACAAUCUCCGUUUUACAGCAAUAUACCAGGAUGAACCUUUAGUGAUGGAGGACAAGAGAGAAGGGAAGAAAGCCGGCGGGCGAGGUUUCACCAUCGAAUCUUUGAUAGGGAAAUGCGACGAGGAGGCUGUGAGGAACCUGAGCCCUUGGGCAGUGCCGCCCCCGGUCACUCCAUAUUUCCCUCUGCCGCUCCUUUACAACUCCUGGCUGCCCUUUUCGCCCUUGCUCAUCCCUCCGGGUGAUAUGCUGCCCUAUCUGCCUCGGCCGCCGCAAAUGUCGCCCCCUUCGGCGUCAACCCCGGCCCACAGCGACGAUUCCAGGUCCGAGUCGAGGAGCCCGCUCACACCGCACGACCUCACGACGAAAUCACCUCAAGCGAGGACGGAAGGUGAGACGAGCGGAGUGGAGAGCGGCUGCGAAGAGAGCGAGGGCGUCAGCAAAACUAGACGGCGGAGGACGGCCUUCACCAGUGAGCAACUGCUCGAACUUGAAAGGGAAUUUCAUGCCAAAAAGUAUCUCAGCCUCACGGAAAGGAGUCAAAUAGCAUCCGCACUUAAACUCAGCGAAGUCCAGGUGAAAAUUUGGUUCCAAAAUAGAAGGGCCAAAUGGAAAAGGGUUAAAGCCGGCCUCUCGGGGGCAGCAGGGGGUGCGAACAGGGGCUGCGCACCCUCGGGCGGACCUUGCAAGAUCGUUGUACCCAUCCCGGUACACGUGAACCGGCUCGCAGCAAGGCACCAGCAGGACACCCCACAGCUUUCCAGGCUCCACAGGCUCUCGCACAUAUGAACAAAACCGACAAACUUUCCCUCGGGAUUCAAGGCACCUUUGGAUCCACUUACAAUUGUAUUUCCUGUACAAAAUUUCCAAACCACUUCUGGAUAAAACACGAAAUAAUAAAUUUAGAAAAUUUAAUUAUCAACUGUCAGUUGAUUUAUAAGGCCUUGUAGCCUUAAUUGAAUCUUGAUCGUUUACACUAAUGAUUUAUGUAAACACACAACAUAAUAAUUGAACAAGGACAUAUUACAAUAUGUUAGAAUGACGAUGUCAGUUUUUUGAGCAUGUUUUCUUCUAAUUGUGUUCAAGAUUAGUUUUAGGGAAGUUUUCAACGAAAGAACCUCAAACGUAUGUCAUGAUUUAUUUUUUCUCUGUUUUAUUAACUGUAUUGAUUACAUAAAUGAGUAACUUUUGCUACGAAAAGACGGGUGGAAUAAAUUUAAGGUGCAAUACUGUUUUAAGAGCCAUUGACGUAUCGGGCUGUACAACUAGAAAAUCUAGCGAUCUCCAAAGUUGUACAUUUGUAAUAGUUUUAAGCCGCUUUUCUCAAAGCCGUUAUUUAUGUUUAAUUUGUAGAUAAUGCUUGUACAUAAUAGUCUCUCGUGACUUUCGGCCGGGGUCGUCUUUUUGACAAAUUGUAAAUAACCAAACAUUCGGCUAUUGUAUAAAAUGUAAAUGUAUUAGGAGCACUCGUUGAGGUUGUAUAUCCCAUUUUUUUAAACCACGGGACACGCACGCGGAAAUCCCGCUGCAACAGAAUUGACACUUGUCAGGCCAACAGGUGAACUGUAAAUAGUAGUUGUCUAAGUUCUAAAAAUUAUUUACCAUAUUUUUUUUGUAAAUAACAUUUGUACCUUGUUUUUAUUUAUUAGUGAAUUGCAACAUAUACCUCCUUAAGAUAUUAAUUUUAUAUAGAAAUAACGUGCAAUGUAGUUGACUGUGCAA